AUGAAUUUCAGCUUACCUGAUGCUCUUGCUUUAAUUAAAGAGGGGAGGGCCAAUGAGGCGGUUGAUUAGUUGAAUAAAUUUAUUGAAUGCUUGUAGCCUCUGAGUCCGUAGACCUAAUUGUUGGGAUAGCAACUGGGAAUUGAUUGUGACUUUUUCAGGAUUGUUAAAUUUCAGGAUUUUUAUGAUCCUGAUCCUUAGGUUUAGGCUUUACGAUUUAAAUACUAUGCAUACAAAGUAGCAAGUAAUUGUGACAAUUUGAUACAAUAGAGUGGGGAUAUUAGAUAAUUUAAUAAAAAAGAAAAGUGAAACGAAGACAUGAUUUAAUUGAGAAAUCAGAAUAGUUAGGUAUCUAGAAUGAAAUAGGAAGAACAUUUGGGGUUGAUGCGGAAUCAAAGUAAUUGGCUGAGUCUCGUUUGCAAUCAAUAUCCGAGAAAUUAUCGAAGAAGAAACAAAUAUUCUAAAAGUAAUUGCUCUGCUAAUUGGAUAUUGAGAAGAAACGAACUGACUACAAACUUCAAUAGGAGGAUAAGAUAGAGAAAGUAAGAAAAGCUUUAAAAACAGAUUAUGAUAACAAAAUUGUUGCUGUAAAAGAUCAUCUAGAGAAAGUCAAUGAGAAAUUAAAGAAUAAUCACAGAAUGAAGAAGAAGAUGGAGGAUGAAUUAAUAAACAAAAGAGGGGAAUUAUUAAAAAAUGCUUCCUUGAUGUAAUAUCUUUAAUUUAAUUCUUUAGAGAUGAAAAAAUAAAUAAAUUAGAGGAGAUGAGGAAGGAAUAGAUUGAACAUAUGAAAUAGGCAAGAUCAAUUAAAAAGUAAAGGUAGCAUUCUUUUCAAGAGAAGCAGAAUUAGAAAUAUGAGGAAUAUUUGGAGAGGAUGAAAUAGAAGCUAGAUUAGAAAAGUAAGUUGUAUUUAUAUAUUGAUAUAGGGGUUGUUGAAUUUCACUCUGAAAGUCACAAAGAUUUUGGUAAAAGAUAAGUUUAUGAUAAUUAUGAAAAGAAUCUUGAAAAUAUAAUCGUUAAAUAUCAGAAAUCAUAACCAAUAAUAAAUAAUUUACUCGCUAAAUCAAUUGAGUAAGUUCAAUAAAAAAAGUAAAUUGAGAUUGAAAAAUUUUAAAAAGUGAAAUCUAAUUAAAAAUUGCAUUUGAGUACUCCAAGAAUAGAACCUAGGAAAGCUGAUGACGUUUUGGAAAGGAAGGAGAGAAAACUGCAGGAGGAAACUAUUUUGAGAAGAGAAACAUACUAACAAAGAGUUUUGAAUUUUCUUUAAAAUCGUUAACAAUUAUAGAGAUUACAAUCUCAAUAGAUUGAGAGAUACAAUGAAUUUUAUACCAGAUAGAGUGCGAGAUUGAAAAAUAUGAGGAAUUCUCAUGAAUAGAUGAAAUCUACUGUUAAGUAAGUAUUUCUAAAAUCUAUUUAAGUUUUGCCUUAAUGUAAGCAAAUAGGAUUGAAGAGUAAACAGCUUUGAAGAUAUCGAGGGCAAUUUAAUUAAUUAAUGAUCCUGAUUUACAAAUGUAGUUUAAACCAAAUGAAAAAUUGAAUACUCAAUAGAAGGUAGCAAAGAAAAAGUAAGAAGAAAUGUAAUAAUUACUAAAAUCAUUUGUGACAAGUGAAGUUGAUUUGUUAAGAUUUUCUAAAUCUGUAACUGAAGUUAAAAAUGAAGAAAAUUAAUAAUAAAAAUGA